UAAAAAAAAUCAGUCGUGCCUAAAAGAAAAAAUAUACAAAUCAUCCAUCCGCUUGUAAAUUCGAAAAGAAAGGCAUCACAGGAGAGUCGUCGUCGAUUCAUCUCCCUUCAUCGACUCUCAUCUUUUUUCCGGCAGACACAACAAGGCGCUUUCAGUUAUGAGACUGAACUCGAGCUUAGCUCCUUCAACGAGUAUUUCGUGUACCACUUUCAAUAUCUUGGCUCCCAUUUAUAAACGCGUUGAUCAACUGAAUCAGAGCAUUCGAGAGAGCCAUUUUCGCGCCCUUUGGUUUACUCGGAACCAAAAGAUUUUAGAUUUGCUAUUACUCCAUCAACGGUCCUCAGUGAUCUGUCUCCAGGAAGUUUGGGUUGCGAAUGAAGAACUGGUGAACAUGUACCAUGAUCGCCUUGGCUCUGCAGGCUACAGUAUUUUCCAGUUGCCUAGAACAAACCGUCGUGGUGAUGGUCUUUUAACAGCCAUACAUAAGGACUACUUUGAACUUGUAAAUUACCGGGAACUGCUCUUUAACGAUUUUGGAGACCGUGUUGCUCAGCUCUUACAUGUCAAAUCAGUUCUUCCCUUCCCUCUUGAUGGGAGACAAAAUGUUCAACAAGAAUUUCUUAUAGUCAACACUCAUCUCUUGUUCCCACAUGAUUCUAGUUUAUCCAUUGCAAGACUGCAUCAGGUUUACAAGAUUCUUGAAUAUCUUGAAGCUUACCAAAAGGAAAACAAACUUAGCCACAUACCCAUUAUUCUCUGCGGUGACUGGAAUGGAAGCAAGCGUGGGCAUGUUUACAAAUUCUUGAGAUCUCAAGGGUUCAUAUCAUCAUACGACGUUGCUCAUCAGUACACGGAUAGUGAUGCUCAUAGGUGGGUUAGCCAUAGGAACCACAGGGGAAACAUAUGCGGAGUUGAUUUCAUAUGGCUAUGUAAUCCUACUAGCAGCAAUUCAAGAAAACCAUUGAGAACAAGUUGGGUCGAAGCUGUUUUCAGCAUUAUCAAGUAUCAACUCCAGAAAGCUUCCAUAGCUGAAGACAAGGCAUUUGCAUUUCUUGGGGGAAAGAAUCAUAGUGAUACACUAACAUACUCUGGAUUCUGCAAAGGGCUUCGAAAGGUAAAUCUAACGGGUAUACCACAUGGACUUAGCUUCCAAGAGACAAAAGAGCUAUGGGUUCGAGCUCAUCUUGAUGGAAAUGGUGUCUUCGACUAUGAAGAACUCAAGAAAAUUUGGAACAUGAGGAUGGUGGAUCAGUCUGAAAAGUGCAAAGAGAGUGUAAUGGAGAGUAAGAAAGAAGAAGAAGAAGAAGCGGUCGGAUUGAAAGUGGAGAGAGCUGUUUUGUUUCCGCAGGAAACAGAGAAAGGAUUGUGGCCGGAAGAUUACAGUCUCUCUGACCACGCUUGUCUCACUGUACAGUUCUCAUCGGUCAAAAGUGCUCUCUAGUUAAGUUUUGUUCAUUAUUGUGGCUCUUGUAUAAUUUUAAAGGAGCAACGAGAGAUUUUCACCAAGAAGCGUACAAACCUCUGUAAAGUUUGUAUAGUUUCUUCAUUUUGAACUUUGGUAAUAGCACCCCUCUGUUUUUCUGAAACGAAAAUGAUAAUAUGCUUUUUUUGAUUGAAUGGACUCUUUUGUGUUAAAAAAAAAAGAUUGAAUGGACUCUUCAGUGAAAUAAAAAAUAAGUUUGUGAUGGGGUUUGA